CGCGCGAACGGGCGCGGCUCGCGCCACGCCGCCGAGGCCACAACCGCCACAACCGCAGCCGCGAGAUUUCCCCCAAAAACCCAAGCACCAUCGCCUCUCGUAGUGCAAACAAUCGUGCUCCCAUGGAGCUCGCGGUGAGAGCAGCCGCCGCGGCUUCCUGCUCCUCCGGCACCUCGCUCCAGCUCCCACGGGCCCACGCCCCUGUCCGCUUCCGCCUCCACCGACAUCGCCACCACCCUGCUCGCCGGGUAGCUGUCGCCGCGGCGAUCGCCGUCGAGCAGGAAAGCAAAGUCCAGCAGAGUAACAAUUCAGAAACAGAGGUGUUUGCAUGCCCUGUUUGCUAUGAGCCAUUGAUAAGGAAAGGGCCAUCAGGGAUAAACUUGCCAGCAAUUUAUAGGUCUGGAUUCAAGUGUUCCAAGUGCAACAAGUCAUUCACUAGCAAAGACAUCUUCUUGGAUCUCACUGUCACUUCCGGAACGAAAGAAUACAGCGAAUUGAAACCUGCUAGAACUGAGCUGUUCAGGAGCCCACUCGUCUCAUUUCUUUAUGAAAGAGGCUGGCGCCAAAACUUCAAUCGAAGUGGCUUCCCUGGUCUUGAUGAAGAGUUUCAAAUGGCUCAAGAUUAUUUUCAAUCAGUCACUGGUGGUGUACUUCUUGACGUAAGCUGUGGCAGUGGCUUGUUCACAAGAAAGUUUGCAAAAUCUGGAUCAUACUCAGCAGUGAUUGCUUUGGACUUCUCUGAGAAUAUGCUUCGUCAAUGUUAUGAAUUUAUUCAACAAGAUGAUACUCUUUUAAACACAAAUCUUGCACUUGUAAGGGCAGAUAUUUCGAGACUUCCUUUUGCUUCAUGUUCAAUUGAUGCCAUUCAUGCUGGAGCUGCUAUCCACUGUUGGCCCUCCCCUUCAAAUGCGGUAGCUGAAAUAAGCCGUGUCCUGAGGCCUGGUGGCGUCUUUGUAGCAACGACCUUCUUAUCUUCACCCAGGAACAAUCCAUUCUCUGUUGAAGCGUUAAGGCCACUGAGACAGGUUGUUGGGCCAGUUAACACCAGCUACAAUUACUUCACCGAAGGAGAGCUCGAAGACUUGUGCAAAUCCUGCGGUCUUGUUAAUUACAGCAGCAAGGUCCAGAGGGCAUUUAUCAUGUUUUCGGGGCAAAAGCCAUAUUGAAAUUACACCAAAACUUUUGUAUCUAAAGUAUCUCGGUCGUUUCUAUAGAAGUGUUUGUAAAAUGCCAUCUGAUAUGCACACACAUUAUAUUCAACACAAGUUUUGCUGAGACUUCCCUGUGUAUUUUCCUGAAUGUACAUGCUUCAGUACAGUGAUGUACCACACACCAUGGUCCCCUCGACAGGUUUACUUACGUCCUUGAACUUUACGAUAUAUGAGGG